AUGUGGGCAUGCGCAGUGGUGACCGACGUCAACCCCGUGGCUUUAUGAAAGACAAAAUCCUUCCAUGGACAGAGCGUGUGGUAGCUAUUAAAACCACGUCUGUAGAAGAGGAAGAGCUUGUCUCUGAAGAACCGGGUUUGAAGACGGUCUCACCUCCACAACACAGUCCGUUCUGUUCGGGCUUUCUUCCGUCUUCAAGUGUAUGCUAUCUUCGCCUGACCCCAGCUCACCGUUUUAACAACACAAACCACGGGGACGAGCCAACGGACGUAACGUUAGCCGAGAAGGGAAGUGGGUUCCGGCUUGUCUUUCAUCACGCAGCAGGUGAGGCAGUCCUGGACGAUGUAAUCGGACUAAAGGAUUCAUCUGCAGUGUUCACAUCGGAGCGAGACAGAGGAGGGACCAAGAAAGAGGAGGAGGAGGAGGAGGACAUUGAAGACACAAGGAUGGGCGUGGGGAAGAAUACUACCUCCAAGACGAUGGACAGCAGCAGUGAAGGAGGAAAAUAUGAAGAUGAGAGCAAACAUAGCGCAGAUUUCUACCCUAUUCCGGUGGUGGUAAACGGAGUGAGCGGUGCCAGUGGAGACCAGGAUACUGAGAACACAGAGCUGAUGGCCAUCUACACUAAAGAUCAAGGAGCAGAAAAGAGCUCAAUGUCUGAGACAUUGGACAGCACAGACAGUGUGGAUGCAAGGAGGAUGGAUAUGAUCUAUACCAUUGAAGACACCCCACCCUGGUAUCUGUGUGUGUUCUUAGGCUUACAGCACUACUUGACAUGCUUCAGUGGAACUAUCGCGGUGCCAUUCCUGCUCGCUGAAGCGAUGUGCGUCGGCUUCGAUCAGUGGGCAACCAGUCAGCUCAUAGGGACCAUCUUCUUCUGUGUGGGGAUCACCACCCUGCUACAGACCACACUGGGCUGCAGGUUGCCUUUGUUCCAGGCCAGCGCUUUCGCCUUCCUCGCACCAGCCAGAGCCAUCCUGUCACUGGACAAAUGGAAGUGUAAUAAUACAGAGGUUCCAGCAUUGAACAGCACAGAGCUCCUCCACACAGAGCACAUCUGGCACCCCAGGAUACGAGAGAUCCAAGGGGCUAUCAUCGUGUCAUCCCUGGUCGAGGUGUGUAUUGGCGCACUGGGUCUGCCUGGGAUCCUGCUGAAGUACAUCGGACCUCUGACCAUCACCCCCACUGUGGCCCUUAUCGGCCUGUCUGGUUUCCAGGCUGCAGGGGAGAGGGCUGGAAAACACUGGGGCAUUGCUAUGCUGACUAUCUUCUUGGUGCUGCUCUUCUCUCAGUAUGCCAGAAAUGUUCACUUCCCUCUGCCAGUCUACAGAUACAAGAAAGGCUGGACUUCUUAUAGGCUGCAGGUCUUCAAAAUGUUUCCUAUCAUCAUGGCCAUCCUGGUGUCAUGGCUGUUAUGUUUCAUUUUCACCGUGACUGACGUUUUCCCUCCGGAGGUAGACAAGUAUGGCUAUUACGCCCGAACAGAUGCACGUCAAGGAAUCCUCUCCGCUGCACCGUGGUUCAAGAUCCCAUAUCCAUUCCAGUGGGGUUUUCCUACUGUAACAGCUGCUGGUGUGAUCGGCAUGAUGAGUGCGGUGGUGGCCAGCAUCAUCGAAUCGAUUGGAGAUUACUACGCCUGCGCACGUCUCUCUUGUGCUCCUCCACCUCCCAUCCACGCCAUCAAUAGGGGGAUUUUUGUAGAGGGCAUUUCCUGUGUGCUGGAUGGUCUUUUCGGGACAGGAAAUGGCUCCACCUCCUCCAGUCCAAAUAUAGGCGUCCUGGGAAUCACAAAGGUGGGCAGCAGACGUGUGAUUCAGUAUGGAGCUGCCAUGAUGCUGCUGCUGGGGCUAGUGGGUAAAUUCAGUGCCCUGUUUGCCUCUCUGCCUGACCCCGUCCUGGGAGCUCUGUUCUGCACCCUGUUUGGUAUGAUCACAGCAGUGGGACUAUCCAACCUGCAGUUUGUCGACCUCAACUCCUCCAGGAACCUCUUUGUUCUGGGUUUCUCCAUCUUCUUCGGUCUGAUGCUGCCGAGCUACCUCAAACAGAACCCACUGGUCACCGGCAUAGUUGAGGUUGACCAAGUGUUGAACGUGCUCCUCACCACUGCCAUGUUUGUCGGAGGCUCUGUCGCCUUCAUUUUGGACAAUACUAUCCCUGGGACCCCUGAAGAACGAGGCAUCAAGAAGCUGAAACGUGGCACUGGUCUCAGUGCAGCUGAACUGGAAGGGAUGAGAUCUUAUGAUCUGCCGUUUGGAAUGGACUUUAUCCGCAGAUACCCCAUCUUCAAGUACAUCCCCAUCAGCCCCACCUUCACAGGCUACCAGUGGGGGACGCUACAGGAAGCCUGCAGGAGAAGAAAUGGACAUGGGGAUGCUGUGAAGGGAGGAGGAAUGGGAAGGGAGGGAGGCACAGGGGAGAGUGGGGUAUAGCUAACAGGCUGGUGCUGAAAAAUCUUUUGGGGAGCAAGGGAUGGUACACUAAGAUAAAAGGAUGGGAGAGUGGAGGACAGAAGAGGUGCAGGAUUCGGGAUUGUGUGGAAGAAAUUGUGAUGCACAAACACCACCACCACCCCAUGUAGGUUUUCUUUAGCUUGUCGGUCUUUUCACACUUCCCACUAUGCUAUUUUAAGCAUGCUAUAGCAAGUCAGAGCAUGCUAUAGAAGAUGUCGCCAUGCGGAGGUUAGUUGGUUUGUGUGCAUGUGUGUACAGUAUGCAGCAAGAGAUAACGGGUUUGUGCAUUAAUUUACUUGCACUUUAAUCCAGAAGAAGACAGAUGGACGUCAAACAAUCAAAGCUGAGUGAAUGAUGAAUCACUGCUAACUUCUUGUACUGCCCAGGUUGUUUUAUAAAACAUGUUCUACUAAAAGCACAGUAGAUUUGAUUAUGUCAGUUGAGGAUUAUGCAAAAUUUCUUUUAUGAAUCAUUUGCCUCUAGACUCGUUAUGCAACCACAUUAGAGAUGCACACACACAUGCUCACACACCAACAGCCUCUCCGAAACUAGCUCGAGCGCUAUAAUGCACGUCAGGGUCAUGCAAGACCGAUGGAAGUGCUUUGUCAGGUGCCCUUAGCCAUGCAAAGUGAUUGUGAAAUUUAUUUUUGCACUAUCUGCCUCCAGAAGUUCAAAACCAGAAUGUGACUCCACAGCUCGCGCCCCCAUUCCUUCAGUAAAACUCCCCAGAGACCCAUUUAGCAGCACAUCACAGCCGCUCAUCUCAUGCUAAAGAACCUCACAUCCCCCUUUUUUUAAUACAGUAGAGCGCUAAUAUUCACAAGAUCUCCAAUGAAACAUACAAGUUUACAUCUUUAUGUCAGCAGUUACUAACAAGACCAAAACCCUACUUUUCCUGAACACACCCUUGUCUCAUUUAGCUGUCAAAUGGGACUUAAUUUGUUUAUUUUACAUCUCCCUCUAACAUAUAGGCACUCACAUAGCCAAACAAACUUUUAGUAAUGCCUGUACUGCCCUGAUGACAGAAAAAGCUACGUUUAUGGCACACAGUAACACAGACAUGUGGCCUUGUCAGAGACUUUGAAACCUUGUGUACAUAAAUACUAGGCUUUAAAAAGAUAAAUAACAACAGGAGAAUUAAAUGUUCUUAAUCCUGUGACUGCAGAGAGCUCUGAUCUUCUGUGUGGAUCUUCUCUCACAGUUUUAAGCUGUCACUUGUGCUCUGCUUUUACCAGUAAUGUGUGUUAAUGUGUGAUUUACAAAGGCUGCACCAUAAAUGAUACACCUCUGCCACUAAAAGCCCACUUGGUAUUUCCAUCACUUGCAUAAUUGUACUUAGAAGUAAGGGUGGUGGUUUUGUUUGGAUAUGGAGUAUUUAAAUGUAAAAGGUUUUUUGAGUUUUAAUACUUUUGUUUUCUGGAUCGACUCACAGACGAUCUGUGUCUUUUUGCAACAGCUGAUCAUGAUUGUUGCUGGUGUCAUUUUCACUUAUUUAAUAGUGUUGAUGACUUUCCCUUACAGGCCUCCUCCUCCUCCCAUCCUCAGUCACCUGUUUAUCCCACUUCAAUUAUAUUAACUGCUGAUGUUUGUUACUGUUCAUGUCUGUCGUAGUUCAGGCUAUAGCAGCACAUUUGGCUGAGUAACAGAAAGUUUCAGAUUUAUUAACCCAGGUGUGACCCUGAUGAGCGAGUCUCUAAUUUGACCACAAUUUGUGCCUCUGUUGUUUUAAUUGAAAAACAGCAAAUUGCAAAAUACCAUACAAGAGUUUACAGCAUUAUAACCUUGGUAAAUGUAGAAAUAAAAAGCAGCACAUUGAGAAAAAUAACAGCUUAAAAAAACUACUAAAUAUUUAUUUAACUGAGAUUUUUACUAAACCAAAAUCCUAAAAGCUCUUUUAUUUUUAUUUCUUCUUAUUCUUCCUGUUACAAUAUACCAAAAUGUUUCUUAAAGCAUUGGCAGUGUUUGCUAUUAAGAAACUUGCAAACUAACAAAAUUAGUUUGAAAUCUCAUCCCAAAUUUUCUUGCCUUUUAUCUCUUGUUAAAGCUAUUUAUUUAUUUAUGAGAAGAAAGCUCAUGUUUAAUGAUUGCUUGAAGCAGGUUUAUGUGACUCUUGCACAAUGUUGAAAGUAUAUUUACUAGUUUACUUGUUCAUGCCCUGUAAAGAUUGGUGUGAUGAUGAUUGACCGCUACUCUUCCACCCUCAGCCUACAGUCGGUGCUUUUAGAAACUCACCUGGGGAAAGAUGGUUUCUAAUGUGAGAUUUAAGCUGCUUCUAUUUCAUUCCAUUUAUAUCAUGUUGAUUUUAAAAACAAGAGAAAAAACACAUUUAAAUGUUGAACUGGAUAGUUUAGUCAGGGCCUUUUUACUACAAGUACUGUUUGCACAUGUAAAGGUGCCAAGAACAUCAGGGUCAGAGUGAGUAAUACUAACCUGAGACCCUGAAAUGUCACUAGAGUGCUGUUCCAGAUUUAUAGUAAAGUAUGAACAUUGUUUUAUUUGACGACCUGAAGAUGCUGAAGCGCUUUGUGAUUGUCUAUGCUAGCUGUGUACGUUACACUCAUGAUUCGGUCACAUAGCGUUCCCAAGGCAAAAGUUGUUGGAAAAAUAAAACUUUUUUUUUUUUAACCGGUUAUCCAGCUGUGGGUUGCAUCUUUACAGGUAUUGUGAUCUUACAGAUGUCUACUGUCUGCACAGAAUGAUAAAAUGUUUGCACAGGACAAAAACAACGGUUAAAUUCCAAUAUUUCCACAGAUUGGUGCACCAUUCUGCUCUUUUACUUUUCUGGAUGUACUUUUUAGCUAGCCUAUAGUACUAUACUGGCAGGGGCCGGGCCAAAAUCUGUGAGCUGAAUAGGAAUGUCAGCUGGCUAUACUGCGACUGCAAAUGUUUGGUUUUUUUAUUAUACUCUAAGAUGUUACCAAAAAAAUUGAGCCCCCAGAGUAUUUAUGAGUUGACAAAUUUUGGUCUUUUCCAUGUCAUUGAUUCUGUGACCCUGUCUAAAUACUACUGGGGCACCAUUCAAAAUGCAGUAUGCAUUAAAGUAAAAUAAAAAAAAAAUGCAGUGGUAAUAUAGCUGAAAUUACUAAUAAGGUCACAGAAUCUGAUGGGUCACAGAACUUGGUGCAACACUGGCAGAGUGAGGAAAUUUAAACAGUUGGUCUCACCAAAUAUUUCAUCAUUCUGGUUAGGCAGUAGACUACUGAGAGAGUACUGUGCUGAAGAGGCGAGGCUAGCUAGUGACCACUGAUGUGUGCAGAAACUGUAAAUCUAAACCAUCCUCAUCUUAAGUGUUGGCUGUGCUCAGAACCGGUCGCUGUAGAUAAGAAGCAGUGUUAUGGGGUGGUUGGUAUAAUUAGUAGUGUGUUAUUGGCACACUAGCUGAUGUUUUUUUGGCUUCCUUGCCUAACCUUGCUCCAGGAGCAGGUGAUGAUCAAAUUAGAGGUCAGAUAGUCAGAGAUCUUCUCUCAGAAUAAAUGGAGUCUGGUUUGACUGUUUUUGGCACCUCUUGUGAAUUCUUUAGCACAUGGCAUGCACACAUAAUAAUCACAUGCACAACGUGUGACCCUGUUUUCUGUGUUAUAUGAUGUCAAUGCAAUCAGCACUUACUUCUCCCAUCACAUCCUCUCUCCACGCACUCUCUGUUUAACCCACCACCCCAAGUCCUGCAGUGAAAAUAUACUGGUGUCCUCUCAUGUUCAGUGUACCUGGUUUUCAUCCCAGGAAUUUUUACUGUUGCUGUUUCAUGACACCGGCUGGCUGCCUGAUUAAGAGCCUGAGUUAUUGGCAGCUGAGUGAACCUGCCUUAUCAUUUAACGGCAAGAUGAAAAUUGGAUGUCUUUGUGUCUAAAGGCAGUUUCAUCUUGAUUUUAACUUUUACCCUCCAGUUUUUAUUGUACUUCUCUCUUAUUUUAGGAUCCUAUACACAUGCAUAUGUGUUUCUCACGUAGCUGUUAUAGUAAAAACACCUCAGAUUUCACAGCCCAGACUCUCUUCCUUGAUGGUUUUCUGGCUUGAAUUACAUACAAGUCGGUUUAACCAACAGAUGGCUCUUAAGAAGGUGGCCAUAAGGUGUGUAACACAAAGACAUCAAUCCCUUUCAGUUAUUUUGAAGGGGGUGCUACCUGAAUAAUAUACCUUUUGUGUAUUAAGUGUUUUAUCUUUUUCAAUGUAUUUUUUUUUUUUUUUUUAUACAUCGUUUUCAUGUUUUUGCAAGCGAAUAUUUGUAAGAAACAAAUCAUAACUUUUACUCUUAAGUCAUGCUGGAAAGCGCACCAUUUUGUUACUUUUUAUUUAAAAAGUAAAUACAUUUUGAUCCUAUUUUGAAUCUGUGGUUUGGAAAUGUUGUGGAAUCCUUUUGUUUGUUUGUUAGGACCUUUUCAAAUUGUAUUUUUUUACUCUAACAUUGCUUUCUGUCCAUGUUUUAAAACAUUACCAGUAUAAAUGAAAGAACAAGCUGAGAACUUUAAAUAAAUGUAAAAACAAAAAAAAAAUAAAUGUAUAUUUAAUGGAGUAAAGUUUGCUAAACCUUCUAGAAGAGAAAUUAUGUAAACUAAUUGUAGCAACAAAAUGUUUUAUUCUUUGUUCCUAAAACUAUUUAAUAAGAUGUUACCAAAUGAAUGCAGUCGUCUGUCUUUAUUGGUCACCAACCUUGAUUGUGACAAUAAAAGUGAAAUAUGUAGCCGGUCA